AAAAAAAAAAGAAGAAAAAAAACAAAUGACAGAGUUGAAAACAUGAAUUUAAUAUUGGUGUAUAUAUUUCAAAUCAGUGAUAUAAAAUUGAGACCGUGAAAUCUUCUACUAACUAUGUAUCUGUAGCUGCGUUAAUUAUUUAAAAAAUGCUUAUAUUUGUUUGUAUUUAGCAAAUCGAAUUUAUUAAGUUUAUUUUGAAAAGUUAAUACCGUAACCAUCGAAGUAUUAUUCAUAACGCAAGACGGAAGAAUAAAAUAAAUAUCUCGAUUCGAUGUUUUUUCAUGAAAAUAUAUUUAUAUUCUUGCUCUUGCAAAAUAAAAACUAUGUAGCAUAAAGAAAACAUCUUCGUGUAAAUGUUAAUGGGCAUCGCGUAUGCAUCAGUGAACUCAUAUAGCUUAUAGAAGAAAAUAAUAAUAUCGUUAUAAAAAAAGCUGUCUUUUAAAAUUAUUUUCGAUUGAUUAAGAAUAUAAAAUGAAGAGCUGACAAACGAUAUUUGUUGCAUUUAAAACAUUAUUUAAGAAAAACAACAAUUUAUAUUUAGAAACAUCAAUAGUUUUCUUUUAGAACAUAAGUACUUCGUACACGUGACAAAAGUAGAUUUGUAAACUAUUAUAAUAAUUCUAUAAUAACAAUUUAUUAAGUGUUAUAGUCUCGAAACUAAAAUAACCAAAUUAUUUCUUUUAUAUAUAAAAUAUGUAUUGUGCUUAUUUAUUGAAUUGUAAUUAAUAUGAAUUUAAUACUAUUUACAUACGAUUUACGAGAGUCACGAAAGUGCAGGACUUUUGUUCAUAAAACACCAUAAACAACUAAACUUUUUUUAAGACAACUGCUAUAGAGAUUUUCAGAAAUCAAUAUUUUAAAUGGAGUUAAUGGAUACCUUUAAGCAUAUGUGCUUCGAGUAUUCUUAUAUGAAAACAUACGAAGAUCAAUGUUUGUUGAAUGGCACACUGUAUACGGAAAUACUGUGAACAUAAUCUAAGUAAGGUUAUACGGUAAACUUCACGGUCUCAAAUAAUGUUUAAGGAAAUUUUAAUAUACAAAUUAUGUAGUUAAUCAGUAUUUUAUAAUUUCAUAAGAUUUACAUUAUAAUUUAUAUUUGUAAUAAAACACAAAGAAAAUAAAGAAAUAAAUAAGGAUGUCAGAUACAGAAGAUUAUAUGUCGGAUAAAUUUUUACAAGGAAUUGAAAAAUCUGCUUCAUCAAGCCUCAUAUAUCGACAUGCAGAUAAAAGAAAAUUUGAACUCAUGAAAAAAAAAAUCGAGAUUGAUGCCAAACUGAAUGAGAAAAACUCCAUAAAACAUAUCGAAGAAGAAAAAAGGGAAGCAGGCUUAUCUUCUGCAAUUACAAGUUCUAAUAAAGGUUAUGAAAUGAUUAUGAAAAUGGGAUAUAAGCCUGGUCAUGGAAUAGGUAAAACAGAAUCGGGAAGAACUGAACCAAUUGGUCUUGAAAUAAAAUUAGACAGACAAGGUUUGGGAAAAGAAAUUGCAAAAAAAGAAAGAAAAAAAAAAGAUAAUUUGCUUAAUGAUAGAUUAGAUAAUAAGAGUAUGAAAGAUUUUCGGGAUAGAAUUGCACAAAAAAAGACAGAACAAUUAUUGAAAACAGACUUGUAUAAAAGUCAAAAAGUCUGUCAGAAAUUAGAUAUGCAACAAGAAAUAGAAAAACCUAGAGAAACAUGGUUUUGGUUGCCUCAAGAUGAUGAAGAUGAUACAGAUAAUAGUGAUACAGAAGAAGAUGAUGAUUCUUUAUCUGUUGAUGAAAAACUUGAAAUUUUAACUAAGUAUUUAAGAGAAAAAUAUUUUUAUUGUAUCUGGUGUGGAGUGGGCUUUCUGGAUGAAGAUGAUUUAAGAGAUAAUUGUCCAGGAAGUACAAGGAAUGAUCACUAAAUCAGAAUUUUUAAUUUGUAUCUCAUUUCAAUUAGAAGUGUAUAUAAAUAAAAAAAAAGAUACAAUCAAGAUUUCAUUACCAUGUUUUUACUUGCACCUGUUUGUAUGUUUUAAUUAUGUUAUAAAAAGUACAAAAAACUCAGAAUCUCAAUAAUAUAAGAGUUAUACUUCUUUAAUAUGGUCACCCACAGUGUAUGAAAACAUAAAAAACCCAUUAGAGUUAUAAUGCAAAAUACUGAAAAAGUAUAGUUCUUAUACUAGAAAAAAUCUUACACUGUACAAUGUAAAAGCAAGGGAAACUUAUCCCGAUUCAGUUAUGCUAUUAUGUCUUAGCAGGAGUUCAGCACCCCCAAGUAAUAACAUGUUAGAGGGAAAGUUACCUAUAAAAGCAUCUGUUUGAUUUUCUGCUCUUUCAUUUCAGACAGAAUCUUUGACCAUAGCUUUACCUGUUUACUUAAAACAGAUUAAAUAUCAAUUAAAGAAAUUCUAGCACAAUGUUUAUAUUUAUGAUUUUUUUUGUAUUAAUUGCAUCUAUAUAUACUAAUGAUAUAGUUGCUCAAGUAACAGAUGAUGAAAGUUGUGAAACAUUACAGUCAGAAAUACAUAUUACAAAAGAUCAAUAUGAUGAAAUAGGUCGAUUAAAAAGAACUUGUAACGGAGAUAUAUCUGUUACAAAAUGUGAAGGGUUUUGUAGUUCACAAGUACAACCAAGUGUUGCAAGUACAACAGGAUUUUCAAAGGAAUGUUAUUGCUGUCGUGAGAGUUAUUUAAAAGAAAGACAUAUUACCUUACAUCAUUGUUAUGAUGCAGAUGGUAUAAAAUUAAUAAAUGAAGAUGGAGUAAUGGAAAUCAAGAUAAGAGAACCAGCAGAAUGUAAAUGUAUUAAAUGUGGCGAUAUAUCUCGAUAAAUAUGAAAAUAUUUCAUAAAAGUAUUAAUAAAACAUACAUAUAAAAAUUAAAU